AGUACUAUGACGUCAGCGCCGGUUCCACUUCUUCUUCGUGUAUGCAAAUAGCAGCACAAGGCAGUAAGAGACUAAAGUGGGAAAAAUUGCGAAAGAAAACUGGGAAUAUAGCGACACUUUUGAAGAAAAGAUGCUGCGGCGGAAACCGACUCGACUGGAGCUGAAAAUCGACGACACUGAAGAGUUUGAGAGUGUCAAAAAAGAGCUGGAGGCCAUAAAACACCAGCGAGAAGAGGCGGAGUCAGUCACUGCAGCAGGCCAUGUGGACAUCAUCAGGGGUGGAGCCUCUGCAUCUUCAUCAGCUGUGCCAUCAAAGGCGGAGCUUAUCAACGAGAGGAUAGGCUAUAAGCCCCACCCCAAACCUGCCACACUACCCACGUUAUUUGGAAGCCUGCAGUUCUGAAUGUGUCACUGUGGCAACAUCGCUUCUCAUUUUUUUUUUGUUUAUAUGAACUCAAGAGGUAAACAUUUGUUUUUGUUUACUUUUAAAUCCACCGUGCACAAAACCAGAGUCUGAUCCAGAUCCAACACAGCGUCACGUGUGAAUGUUCAUUUUAUUUUCAGAUAAACUGCUUCACUUAAAACCAGAUUAUUUAAUAAAAGAUCAAAUCAUCAUAAUUGAACUGUUUUGUUAAUAAAUGUUUUUUUUUUUUUU